AUGGCAACGAAGCCGAACUCUAAUGCCGGAGACCCGCUGAGCACCAAGAACCACGUGCUCCAGGCUGGUGCAUCAGCGAUUCAGGACUUUGCGCCUCUCAAAAAUGUCUGCGCUCACCUCAACGCUUUCCAUGCGUACGCGUCGGACCCCUCCCGCGUUGUGGAAGCAAACCACUACUGUGGCCAUCUGAAUGAGGACGUGCGGCAGUGCAUCCUCUACGACAGCCCCGAGCCCAACGCGCGCAUCAUCGGCAUCGAGUACAUGAUCACGCCCAAGCUGUACGAGACUCUGGAGCCCGAGGAGCGCAAGCUCUGGCACAGCCAUGUGUACGAGGUGAAGUCGGGCAUGCUCAUCAUGCCGCAGGCCACGCUGCCAGACGUCGUCUGGGAGGCGGCAGAGAACAAGGAGAUGGAGCAGGUGGUCCACCUCUAUGGCAAGGUCUACCACCUCUGGCAGGUCGACAAGGGCCACCAGCUGCCCCUCGGCGAGCCGCAACUCAUGACCAGCUUCACCAGGCCGGGCCAGUUGGACUUUGACAAGUACGUCGGCGAGAGGGACCGCAGGUUCAAGUCGGACUACAAGCGAAAGGAGGAGGCUCGCAAGCACAUCGAGACACCCGCGGUUCAUCCCGACGCCGACCAGGCCUGGAAUAACCAUAGCAAUGAAGCAUAA